AUGGCUGAAAUCGUAUUGUCGUCCAACACCAUUAUCGAAGUAAUAAAUGCGAUCACGUCUGCAGUGACUUUCGCCGUGGCGCAUUGCGUGUCUGAAGACUUUCAAAUGAGUAGGGGUGUUGCGGUGCAGUUUAAGCUGAACUAUGGUCAGGUUAGCGUCAUCCUGUACCAAAAUGCCAGAGUAGGUGGGGUGGCAGAACUGAGGGUUGGCCAGGAAAAUGAUUUUUAUAUUUUUUAACUGGUGACUAAUUAGUAAACUAAUUACUAUAGUAACUUUAAAGUUUUAUACCACCAGAAACCAACUCUCCGGUCCCUCGCCACCACAUUGGUCCAGUUAAGGGAUAGAUUGAAGGAAUUGUCAAUUAAUUCUUUAGUUAUCCCGAAACUGGGAUGUACAUUAGAUGAACUAAAUUGGUACCAGGUUCAUGCUUUAUUGAAGACGACAUUUGACGGUAGUGAUGACCUGCAGUUAAAAAUCACUGUUUGCGAUCCCGAAAACUUUCAGAUACCGUCUCACCAUCUGGCUAAAAUAGAGGAGAAGCAAAUUGAUUUUUUUGAUUUUUCGACGAAUUCCACAGUCAAAAUUCUACCCGUCGAAAUAACGUGCGCGUCAACCAACAUGUUAUUCCAAAAAUACACGGAAGCCCAAAUUAAUAAAACAGUGGCGAUGGGCCUUUUCAUUUGGGCAUUUCCAAAGUCUGAAAUGAUUCACUAUGCGGCAUUUUCGUCCCUGGUAAGGUCACAGUUGGCUGACAAUGUAUCUUGGCGGUAUAAAAUAGUGGUGUGCAACCCAACUAUCUCACGCAAACAAUGCAUGCGGGAAAAUGGCCGAGAGGCAAAAAUCAUCACCGGCCUUCACCUGCAAAUUAUAAUCCUGGCCAAGGCGGGAUUGUACGUGGUCGUGGCCAGCUGGUACGUGGAGAGAUGA